UGCGGGCGAUGUCACGGUCACACGGCGCAUGCGCGCUGGGGUUCACUGCAGUGAAUUUGACGGCGCCGGCGUAAGGCCCGGGGCCCCGCGGGGACCCAGGGCACCGAGGGGAUCUGGAGGGACGGAGGGGGCCUGAGGCUGUCUUCCUCCGCGUCUCCACCCGCAGCGACGAGAGCCUCCGACAGGCAGGGAGGGAGGCAGGCAGGGAGGUGCCUGGGCCGGCCCGCCGCAUGCGCUGAGGCCGGGGUUCAUGUCCCGCGAGGGGGCCCCGGGGCUCCCGGGCGGCGAGCAGGAGCGGCGAGGGGGGCUCGCCCCCCCGCCCGAGGCGGCGGCGGCGGCGUCUCCCGGCGCCCCGCGCUGCGGCGGGGACGCCGAGGAGGUCGCGGGGGAGCGUGGGGACAGCGACCCCGCACGGGGUGAAGACGCCCCUGAGACGAGGGUGGAGACCCCUGGCGAUGAGGCGGAGGAGGUGAAGGAGGCGGCAGCUGGCAGGGAUGCCGCGGGAUCUGGGGUCGGCGAGGGGAGCCAGAGGAGCCGGAGGUCCUCGUCGCAGAGCGAGGGGGGCGCGCGGUUCUUCGUGGGCGACGACGACGACGAUGACGACGAGGAGUAUGGCAGCUUCCGGAACGAGGACAGUGACCUCUACUACGACGACGACGACGAGGACGAGUCGCCGCCCGAGCGUCAGAUUGUGGUGGGCAUCUGUGCCAUGGCCAAGAAGUCCAAGUCGAAGCCCAUGACCCAGAUAUUGGAUCGCCUCUGCAAGUUCAAGUACAUCACGGUGGUCAUCUUUGACGAGGAGGUCAUCCUGAACGAGCCCGUCGAGAAUUGGCCGCUCUGUGACUGCCUCGUGUCCUUCCACUCAAAAGCAGGCUUCCCGCUGGACAAGGCCGUGUGCUACGCGAGGCUACGCAACCCCUUCAUCGUCAACGACCUCGACAUGCAGUACCACAUCCAGGACAGGCGCGAGGUUUAUCGGAUUCUCAAGGAGGAGGGAAUCGACCUGCCCCGCUUUGCCGUCCUCAACCGGGAUCCCAACCGCCCCGAAGACUGUAACUUGGUGGAGAGUGAGGACCACGUGGAAAUUAACGGGGAGGUUUUCCAGAAGCCGUUUGUGGAGAAGCCAGUCUGUGCCGAGGAUCACAACGUGUACAUCUACUACCCCACGUCAGCCGGAGGGGGCAGCCAGCGUCUCUUCCGCAAGAUUGGGAGUCGCAGCAGCGUGUACUCUCCCGAGAGCACCGUGCGCAAGACCGGUUCCUACAUCUACGAGGAGUUCAUGCCCACUGAUGGCACCGACGUCAAGGUGUACACGGUGGGGCCGGACUACGCGCACGCGGAAGCGCGCAAGUCUCCCGCGCUCGACGGGAAGGUGGAGCGCGACGCCGAGGGCAAGGAGGUGCGCUACCCGGUCAUCCUCAAUGCCCGCGAGAAGCUCAUCGCCCGCAAAGUGUGCAUGGCCUUCAAGCAAACGGUGUGCGGGUUCGACCUGCUGCGCGCCAACGGCAACUCGUACGUAUGCGACGUCAACGGCUUCAGCUUCGUCAAGAACUCCAUGAAGUACUACGACGACUGCGCCAAGAUACUGGGAAACAUAAUCAUGCGCGAGCUGGGCUCGCAAUUCCACAUCCCGUGGUCGAUCCCCACGGAGGCGGAAGACAUCCCCAUCGUGCCCACCACCUCCGGCACCAUGAUGGAGCUGCGGUGUGUGAUUGCCGUGAUCCGGCACGGCGACCGAACCCCCAAGCAGAAGAUGAAGAUGGAGGUCCGGCAUCCACGGUUCUUCGAGCUGUUCGAUAAAUACGAAGGCCACAGAACGGGGAAACUGAAACUGAAGAAACCCAAGCAGCUGCAGGAGGUGCUCGACAUUGCACGGCUGUUGCUGUCUGAGCUCGAUCAAAAGAACGACACUGAGAUCGAGGAGAACAAAGCCAAGCUUGAGCAGCUCAAGACCGUCCUGGAGAUCUGGUUCAACGAAGAUGCCAGCCACGAGAGAUGUCGAUGUCCUUGCUGCUGCCUGCACGGUGACCCCGAGGGCUUGAUUGCAUGGUACGGACACUUCUCGGGCAUAAACCGCAAGGUGCAGAUCACCUAUCUGCCCCACGGGCAGCCGCGCACCUCCAGCGAGGACGACGACGUGCGCAAGGAGGAGCCGUCGCUGCUGUUGGUGCUCAAGUGGGGCGGGGAGCUGACGCCGACGGGACGCGUGCAGGCCGAGGAGCUGGGCCGCGCCUUCCGCUGCAUGUACCCAGGCGGGCAGGUGGAGGGUAGAGGCAGGUGUGGGUGCGAGUCGCCUAUCAGCUGCGGUGACUACGCCGGCUUCCCAGGCUGCGGGCUCCUUCGCCUACACUCCACCUACCGGCACGACCUCAAGAUCUACGCCUCUGAUGAAGGCCGUGUUCAGAUGACGGCCGCGGCCUUCGCCAAGGGCCUGCUGGCGCUGGAGGGGGAGCUAACGCCCAUCCUGGUGCAGAUGGUGAAGAGCGCCAACAUGAACGGGUUACUGGACUCGGACCAUGACUCGCUGAGCACGUGCCAGCAGCGCGUCAAGCAGCGCCUCCACGACAUCCUGCAGAGGGACCGUGACUUCAUGGACGACGAUUACACCAAGCUGGCUCCUACAGCCAGCGUCUCCGUCAUUGCGUCGAUGCGUUCCAUCCGGAACCCCGUGCAGACCUGCAACCAGGUGUACACGCUCAUCCAGAGCCUCACCUCCCAGAUCCGCAAGCGCAUGGAGGAUCCAAAGUCUUCAGACAUCCAGCUGUACCACAGCGAGACGCUGGAGCUGAUGCUGCGGCGCUGGUGCAAGCUGGAGAGGGACUUCAAGCUGAAGAACGGGCGCUACGACAUCAGCAAGAUCCCCGACAUCUACGACUGCAUCAAGUACGACACACAGCACAACGCCGCGCUGGCACUGGAGGAUACCACCGAGCUGCACCUGCUGUCCAAGGCGUUGGCGGACAUCGUCAUUCCGCAGGAGUACGGCCUGAGCCGCGAGGAGAAACUGGACAUUGCGUUCAGUUACUGCCAGCCACUCAUCUGCAAGAUCCGGUCGGACUUACAACGUACGCAGGACGACGACACGGUCAACAAGCUGCACCCACUGUACUCGCGCGGUGUGAUGUCGCCGGAGCGGCACGUGCGCACGCGCCUUUACUUUACCAGCGAGAGCCACAUGCACUCGCUGCUGUCACUGCUGCGCUACGGGGGGCUGCUCGACGAGGAGAAGGACGAGCAGUGGAUGCGCGCGAUGAACUACCUGAGCGAGGUGACGGAGCUGAACUACAUGACGCAAAUCGUCAUCAUGCUCUAUGAAGACCCUAACAAGGACCCGUCCUCCGAGGAGCGCUUCCACGUGGAGCUGCACUUCAGCCCUGGGGUCAAGGGCACCGAGGGAGAGCGCAGCCACCCGGCGGGGUCAGGUUUCAGGCCGGCCUCCCGUGAGAGCGAGGGAGCCCCCCCACAGCAAGGCCCCCCGGACCCGGACGCGGCGCCACUCGCUCGCGACGAGGUGGACAAUGCCACAGUGUGCCGACCUAUGCCCUCUGACCCCAUAUUCAUCCAUCGUAGGUCGCCCCUCUGUAAGUCGAGGAAGGUCGGUUCCUUGGAAGACGACCCCCUGCACGGCGGCUUGAGCCCGGAGCCGGGCUGCGUGUGGGUGGCGCCCGUGCGGCUCCGUAGCACGUCGGCCGAAUACCCCGCCCCCGGCUCCCCAAAAUCCCUCGCCCUCUCCUCCAUUCUCGCCUCCUGGCAGCAGGUUUUAUCCGAAACGUCCGCGUUUCCAGGCGGCCCACGACGGCUCGCCGUGGCCACGCACGCAAGCAAUGUCAAGCACAGCCAGGAGCCCAAGCACAGCGGCCUGGGGUCGCAGUGCGCUGGUCUGUUCAGCACCGCAGUGCUGGGGGGCUCCUCCAGUGCCCCCAACCUGCAGGAUUACGCGCGAGCCAGUCGCAAAAAACUGGGGGCCGCCACCCUGCAUUACGAUGACAUCCCCCAGGAGCUGCUGUUCCUGCUGUCCCAGGGCAGCGGCUCAGCCGACAGCUCGCUGCUGCAGCACCUGUGCCACUGCUCCGAGCACCAAAAGCUGCUCAAGCGCUGGUCCAUCUCCAACCUGGACCUGCUCGCCUGCCUCUACGGGGGCUUUGAAGGCUACUCCAUGGUGCCGUCUAUCUGCCCCUUGGAGACGCUGCACAACUCACUCUCCCUCAAGCAGAUGGACGCGUUCCUCGCCACCGUUACGCACCUGAGCUGCGCCGCCAGCGCCGCCGGUGGUCGCAGCUGCCCGUGCAGGUGCCAGGGGGAGUCGACGGGAACUCGCCGCUCCCCGCCAUCCUCCCUGCCGCUGCCGUGCAGCGACAAGCCGCCCUGGUGCAGCAGCGGCCCCUCGAGCGCGGUGUCGAGCGCGGGGCCCUCCUCCCCCACGGCCUCCGAGCCCUCGCUGCACUUCGGAGCCUCGCUCACGUCGCAGAGCUCCGACGACAAAACCAUGGACCCGGGACAGAGCUCCGAGCCGGGGCUCGUGAUCGCAGGGCAGAGCUCCAAGGUGGGGCUCGUGAUCGCAGGGCAGAGCUCCAAGGUGGGGCCCUUGGGGUCGGGACACAGCUCCGAGGGGGGGCUCACGGACAGUCCGUCGUUCGACUCCCCAGAGGAGCGAAGUUUGUCUCAGCCCAGCAGCACGGCGAGCGCGGACGCCGGGGUGUAGCCCUCGCUGGACAUGAGACGGAGCCAUCGUCGAGUGGCUGCCCGCUGCCGCUGCCGCUGCUGCUGCCGCUGCUGUUGCGGCAUGGUGCCCUGCUGCCAGUGUGGGGUUGGCUGUGCAGUGCCCGGGCCUACUCUCUCCGCUGCCUGAGGAAAAACUCCUGAUGCGCCACAGGCAUCGCCGCGCAUUGAGGAGGCACUUGUUGGAUGGAAAGCACAUAGACGCGCAGUAACGGUCGUACAUACACAAGACAUGCAGAGCAAUCACAAGUGAGACCCACCCAGUCACACACAAACACGCGUUCAAGAUGCACAACAACAACAGCCGCCAUUUGCCACCUAGUGGCGAUGACGUCACAGCGGCACUCGUGCCGGGCGAGAUGCACUUUGAGGGCACGCUCGGCGUCGGGGCAGAGCCGGGUGUGACGGGUUAAGUGACUGAGAUGGCUGACAGAUGCACACAGAUACCGUUGCGUCUAGUUAAACACACAGUCACACAAUCAUACACAUACAAACACGCAGAUACACCACCCACAGUAGCACAUGUACAUACACCUAAUCGCACACCACUCGUGCAUACGGACAAUAGACACGCACGUUGGGACACGUACAGUCAGACAUGCGUUGACACAAAAACAUCCAUGUCUAUCAUUACAGGCAGUUGGGGCAGGUGCUGUUAGUGAACACCUAUUAUGAUGGGGUGACGUGGCCUGACCCCCACGCCUUUAUCUCCAUUUUAACGACGUUUGCACUCCACAACACGCAUUCAAGUCCGUGUCAAGCUCGGGGAGGCCCCUGAACGGUUCAGAUAUCUAUCGAUCAGCACCGAUAGUGGCCGUGAAUCUAACGCAGCUUGCCGCUGGGUUCACGGCACAGCACGCUAACCACUGUGCCACCGCUCGCCACACAGACGCGGACACGUAAUCGUGCUCGCUCGCUUGUCAUCGGAGAGACGUGCACGCCUCGAUAUCAGGCCGCGCGGCCGCCGCGUGUGUUUUGUCAAAACAGUGCGCGGAACUCGAGGCCCGUGACGAGGCGAGCGGCGCGUGGGAGCCGUUGCGCCCUGCGCUCGCGCGCGUCCCCACGGGGCCGCGGCGGCGUCCUCCUCCUCGUCGUCGUCGCGGACGUUGCCGCGGCGACGUUGACGUGCCGAGCGGGCGGGUUUGGAUGCACCGCGUGUGCUUUGCCGGCGGUGGCCUGCGCGAUGUUCGCGGGUUUUAGGUUUUAUGUGUUCCGAUUGUUGUACCCUCACACGAUGGCACAUGCACUGAAUUAAUAUAUAAACGUACGGCGUGUGAAUGUCA